UCGCUCCUGAUUUAUAUAAAAAAUUAAGAAAAGAAAAGAAAAGAAAACAGGGUAUUAAAGUCAAAAAAACCCCAACUAUCCUCAUUAAACUCCGUAAUCCUCUCUCUCUCUGGUGAGGUUUCAAAUUGCUAUCUCGGCUCAAUCUUCACUUUAUCUUUAAUGCUCCAAAUCCACCUCAACACACUUGUUAAAGGGCAGAUGGACUGUAAAAAAUAUUUGCUGUGAAGGCAAGAGAUUUUGCUAGUGUUUCCGAAGAUGAACCAAGGGGACAACCCUGAUACCCCACCAGCUGUCCCUUUGAAGCGAAAACGUGGUCGCCCGCGGAAGGAUCAGAGUCUGAAACGUGUGAAAGUUACUCCUGUGCCACCAGGACUUGAAGGGGUGAAUGGAAAUCAGCCCCAUCAAAUAGGUCCAGUGGAUGAUGCAAAAGAUGGCAUGGUGGGCCAGGCGGUUACAGGUGUUGUUGAGGCAGAAUUUGAUGCUGGUUAUUUACUCAGUGUUAGGGUCGGAAACUCCAAUACCAGUCUCAGGGGUCUAGUUUUCAAGCCAGGACAUUAUGUUCCUGUCACAGCAGAAAAUGAUGUGGUCCCGCAUGUUCAAAUGAUCAGAAGAAAUGAGGUUCAUCUCCCAGCCAAAAAUCGAACGCGGGUGCGUGGCUAUAACCAGCAAUUUAGAGAGAGGCCUGAACAGAAUCACUUAUCACCCACAAAUCAGGUGCAUAGACUUGCGCCUCAAACAGCUAGUCUGGUGGUCUCAAAAGUCAAAUAUGCAUCUCCAGUGGCAGCUCCCUCUGUCCCUCCAGUGGGUGCCAGAGGCACCGUAGUUCCCGUUGUACUCCAACCAGUCGAUGUUUCAAAUGGAUUACCUCUUGCCAACCAAGUGCCUCUGGAUGCAUCCCGGGCUGCACUCUUGACAGCAUCAAGAGGCAAACAAGUGCAGACAAUUACACCUUUGGCCGUUUUGCCCCCUGGUGCAUCAAUACCCGUCAACCAGGCGCUGACAGUUGCAAGUGAGGCACUGCCCUCACAACUUCAAACGAGCCACCAAGUGACACUAGAAGCUGCUCAAAAUGAAAAUGGUCUGUUUUGUCAAGGCACGCCAGAGCUGCCAAAAGGGGAAGAAAGCAGAUCAUUCAAGUCAGCUGACAUGCUUAUGCCAGGUGAAGUUAAUAAGGAUGCUUCACAAUCACCAGAAACGCAUACAGAGAAUAGGAAUGUACAGUGUAAAUUUUCGGCCGAAAAUGUUCGUGUUAUCCCAAAACAAGAGAUUGGUGACAUGAAUGAGCCUCUCUUAGUUGAGCCACUGCAAGCUGUACAAUCUCAUCAUAAUCAAUUUACUACCGUCUCUAAGCCUUUGGCGGAUAGAAGACCGGGCAGAAUGACUGAGCUCUUGCAGGCUUUGCAGGAAAAUAUGAUGGGGACCCAGGGUUGUCGGGUUGAACAACAGGCCACAGAAACUGAAGAUUCCAGAAACUGACAUUGGAGAUGAAGAAACUCCAGUCACAGAAAUGUUCCGAUAUCAUUGAUCCCUCGUGUUCUCAGAGCUGUGCAAAUAGGAUCAGAAGUGCUAUUGAAGGUUUGGGGACGAAAAAGGCUGGUGAGAGGGAGGGUUAGGAAAAGAAGAGCUAGUGUUAGGACAAUUUUUGACAUUCAGGUUUUUAAGCUAUCAAAAAACAAACUUCAUGUCAGAUUUGAUAUUUACGUCUCUGUAAAAAUCACAUCGACUGCUGAACACGUUAUAUAUAUAUGAUAUAGUUUCAUGUGUUGUGCAUACAGAAAGUUUA